AACAUCGCCCAUAAUCUGAUCACAAAGCAGUAAACGCCGACACUCCUCAACAACCACGACAACCUUACCUGCAACUCUCGUCGCUCUCUCUGCAGAAGCUCCAUGGACAAUAUUCAUUUCUCAAGGAUCUAGCUACCAAAUCUCGAACACAAUAACGAGUCUACAUCCCGCGAGGCUGAGGGGCACCAAGCACUCUUUACGAGACGUCAAAGCAGCCCAAUCCCGAUCGCACCUCCAUCCUUAGAGAGUAUCGCGAUAUCACAUACCUAUCCACCUUCUUCUCGACCGUUGACUCACUUCGAACCUCCUCACGCUCCUUCCUUUCGCAUAUCUCCUACGUACAGUCAUCAUGAGGGGUCGUCAUCCCACGAUACCACGUCCCUCGAUGGCGCCCAUCAACAUCGACGCCUCUUAUCGCGCCACGCCUGAUCCGGAGGGGGAUUCACAAUCAUCGUCGAGUAACUCUCCAGCUCGAGCUGACUACGAAGAGUCGGACUUUUACGCAGGAAACAACGAUUCGCAGUCUUCGAUCGGCGUUCCUACAUUCCAAGACAUGGCGGUAUCGGAGGAGAGCUGCGAGCCCCCCGCCAACCGCCUUCCGGCAGAGGUUUUGAUCGGCAUCUUCUCGAAGCUUAGCAGCCCUGUGGAUUUGUUGAACUGCAUGCGAGUAUCGAAGAGAUGGGCUAGGAAUAGUGUGGAUCUGCUCUGGCAUCGACCAGCAUGUACAACAUGGGUCAAGCAUGGCUUUAUCUGCAGAACACUCUCCCUUCCUGACCCCUACUUCGCAUACCGAGACUUCAUCAAACGCCUGAACCUUGCGGCGUUAUCUGACGGUGUAAACGAUGGCAGUGUGACGGCACUACAGUUCUGCAAGAGAGUGGAGAGAUUGACCUUGACUGGCUGUGAUGGCCUUUCUGAUGGUGGUCUUGUCGGUCUUCUUGAGGGCAACCAUCAUCUGCUGGCUUUGGAUAUCUCUGGAGACACUCAAAUCACAGAAGCUUCCAUGUACGCUUUGGCUGAGAACUGCAAGCGGUUACAAGGAUUGAACAUCUCCCUCUGCACAAAGAUCUCUAAUCAGUCCAUGAUUGCCGUUGCAGAAAAUUGCAAGUAUAUCAAGAGACUCAAACUCAACGAUUGCGAGCAACUCGAAGACGCUGCAAUCAUGGCAUUCGCGCAGAACUGCCCAAACAUCCUCGAGAUCGACUUACAUCAAUGCAGAUCCAUUGGAAAUGGACCAGUGCAUGCACUUCUCAGUAACGGGCAAACUCUACGAGAACUUCGGUUGGCGAACUGCGAGUUAAUCUCCGACGAAGCCUUCCUUACACUGCCUCCCGUGCGGACCUACGAGCAUCUGCGGAUCCUUGAUCUGACAAGCUGUGCCCGCCUUACGGACAGCGCGGUGGAGAAAAUCAUUGAUGUUGCCCCCCGACUGCGGAACGUGGUUUUUGCAAAGUGCAGAAACCUGACAGAUGUUGCAGUUCAUGCGAUCAGCAAGCUCGGGAAAAACCUACACUACCUGCACUUAGGACACUGCGGGCAUAUCACCGACCAAGCAGUUAUCAAGCUCGUCCAAACAUGCAAUCGAAUUCGAUACAUUGACUUGGGCUGCUGCAUUCAUCUUACAGACGAGUCUGUGACUAAGCUGGCCCAGCUUCCGAAGCUCAGGCGCAUUGGUCUUGUGAAGUGCUCUGCUAUCACCGACAAGAGCGUGUAUGCAUUGGCCAAUGCCACACGUCGUCGACAUAUCCACCCAGAACUCCUUGGUGACCAUCACUCUUACAUAUCCACUUCAGGGGGAAGUAGUCUUGAAAGAGUUCAUCUCAGUUACUGCACUAAUUUGACCUUGACCAGUAUCAUCUGUCUGCUCAACAAUUGCCAGAAGCUCACUCACUUGAGCUUGACUGGUGUUCAAGCUUUCUUACGUACUGACCUAGAGCAAUUUUGUCGAGAUGCACCACCAGAAUUUACGGAGCACCAGCGAAAUGUUUUCUGCGUCUUUUCUGGCCAGGGUGUGAUGGGCCUUCGCACUCAUCUCAACAAGCUACCCCUCACCCACUUUGAUCCGACGGGAACUGGUCCUGUAGAUGACGACGAAGAUCAUACCAUGACUGGUACGGAUCACGCAACACUUAUGAUGAGUGCUGCAGCCUUGAAUGCUGAUGAAGAUGACGCAGAUGGAGACGAAGAAUUGGAUGAUGGUGACGACAAUGGCGGAGUUUCUUUCAACCACGGCCAGACUUGAAAGGUCGAUAGUUGGGAAAUUCAAUAACGAAGUCGGAAUAUGGGGUUGUUGUUAAAGUACCAAAGGAUUAUAUGUAUGACGAUGGACUUAAUUAUCAACGCACGAAGAAACGCCACAGCCGCUUCGGAUCAUCGGAGCAGACGCUACGUUUCUUUGAGUAUGCGUAGAAGCAUGGCUUAGAGCCGAUUCCUGCACGGAAUAGUAUUUUCGUAGCAGCGGCUGUUUCGAGGUGG